GAGCCUUUUUCGUGCCUGUCGGACAUGCCCCAUCGCAUGGUGAUGCGGGGGCGUCUGGACGAGAGCAUAUAUUCGACGUCGCGACGCUCCUCGGCACAGACGCCACUCCACUCUGUCCCGUGCACGAACAUAAAACCAAAAAGGCACCACAAUGUGUGACGACGAAGUAGCAGCUCUGGUCGUAGACAAUGGCUCCGGUAUGUGCAAGGCCGGUUUCGCCGGAGACGACGCUCCCCGCGCCGUCUUCCCAUCCAUCGUCGGUCGCCCCCGUCACCAGGGUGUGAUGGUCGGUAUGGGACAGAAGGACUCCUACGUCGGUGAUGAGGCCCAGAGCAAGAGAGGUAUCCUCACCCUGAAGUACCCCAUUGAGCACGGAAUCAUCACUAACUGGGAUGAUAUGGAGAAGAUCUGGCACCACACCUUCUACAAUGAACUCCGUGUGGCCCCCGAGGAACACCCCGUUCUCCUGACCGAGGCUCCCCUCAACCCCAAGGCUAACCGUGAAAAGAUGACCCAGAUCAUGUUUGAGACCUUCAACAGCCCAGCCAUGUACGUCGCCAUCCAGGCCGUCCUCUCCCUGUACGCUUCCGGUCGUACCACCGGUAUCGUCCUGGACUCCGGAGAUGGUGUCUCCCACACCGUCCCCAUCUACGAAGGUUAUGCCCUUCCCCACGCCAUCCUCCGUCUGGACUUGGCUGGUCGCGAUCUUACCGACUACCUCAUGAAGAUCCUCACCGAGAGAGGUUACUCCUUCACCACCACCGCUGAGCGUGAAAUCGUUCGUGACAUCAAGGAGAAGCUCUGCUAUGUCGCCCUGGACUUCGAACAGGAAAUGGCCACCGCUGCCGCCAGCACCUCCCUCGAGAAGAGCUACGAGCUUCCCGACGGUCAGGUCAUCACCAUCGGCAACGAGAGGUUCCGUACCCCCGAGGCUCUCUUCCAACCUUCCUUCUUGGGUAUGGAAUCCUGCGGUAUCCAUGAGACCGUCUACAACUCCAUCAUGAAGUGCGACGUCGACAUCCGUAAGGACCUGUACGCCAACAAUGUCCUCUCCGGUGGUACCACCAUGUACCCCGGUAUUGCUGACCGUAUGCAGAAGGAAAUCACCGCCCUGGCUCCAUCCACCAUCAAGAUCAAGAUCAUCGCUCCCCCUGAGAGGAAGUACUCCGUAUGGAUCGGUGGAUCCAUCCUGGCUUCCCUGUCCACCUUCCAACAGAUGUGGAUCUCCAAGCAGGAGUACGAUGAGUCCGGCCCUGGCAUCGUCCACCGCAAGUGCUUCUAAGCAGUUUAACUCAAAAACACCUUAUACUAUACCUUCCCCAAAAUGCCACACUGCCGCAAUGCUUCAUCACUUACUCUACUACUAUUACUUUUUGUAUGUAGCGAGUUUCGUGGCGACGGCCAUCAUUAAAACGCAAACGUCAUCUUUUGUAUAUAAGUUUACAUCUAUGGAAUAAAUAUAAUCUUAUAUUCUUAGAGCGGUUCAAUUCAUAUUUUUUUCAUUUGAUAGUCCUUGUCACGUUCUCGAUAUUCGACUAGAUACAUAAUCAUUCAUUGUUUUUGAAUUUCUUUUCAUUCAAUUAAUCUCAAUCGAGAAUUCUAGUCAAAGGAUCAUCGUAAUAUGAAUUAAAUUUUUUCUUGGACUGAUUUAAAAAAAAAAUCCAUGCGGCAUAUGGAAAGAGGGGAAGGUCUUUUGUGUGCGACUAAUCACACAUAAUAACACCAAAUGUCCAUUUGAGGUACAUAAAAGAAAAACACUCAAUAAAAUAUGAUUUUACAACAAA